CCGGGACCCGUAGUAAUUAUAAGCUCCAGCCACCGGCUGCCGCCUAUUCGGCCAGCCGCCGCGUCGCGGUUACUAAGGGGUGGAGAAGGUAGUGGCAGGCGUCACCGUGGAGCGGCUCCGAGAUCCCCGGGAGGCUCGCAGGCGUGCAUCCCGCCUGACCGGGACGUCGCCCUCGCAGACGCCUCGGAGGCGGAAACGACGCCGGAGGCAGGUGAAAAAACAGGUGAAGAAACAAAAAAAAAGGACAAGAGGUCUUUCCCGUGGUCAAAGAUCAAGGCCAUGGCCUCUUCAGGAGUCUACAAACUGGAUGAUGGGAAGCCUUACCUAAGCAACUGCUUUCCAGCCAAAAAUCUGCUUCGGAUGCCAGAGGAAGGCCGAGGACACUGGUUAGUGGCUCGGAAAUGUAGCCACAAGAAGAAGCCCAAGGGUGUGGUUGAGGCAACCGCUGAAAGUCAGGAAAGCCAGAAGAUUUCUUUUGAGGUCGGAGGGAAGAAAGUGUCUCGACAGGAAAACCAAGUGGACACUGCUAGACAUGUGCUGGACCGGGCUUUUCUUCUGAAGCACCACUGUGUGGAGAAACCAUCAGACCUAUGCAGCCCACAGGCUAAGGAAAAGGACUUCAAAUAUUUUAAUUCUGUGAUUUACAUCAAUGCUUCAGAAAACCUGCUGCCUCUAGAGGCAUUUCACACGUUUCCAGCUUUAAAGGAACUGGAGCUCGCAUUUAACAGCAUCAAAACAGUCUACGUGAAAUAUGGAGACUUUAAGUCCUUAGAAUUCCUGGACCUUUCCUUCAACAGCCUGACUGCGGAGGCCAUCUGUGAUCUGGGGAUUCUGCCACACCUCCGUGUCCUGCUCCUCACAGGCAAUGGACUCACCUCCCUGCCACCCAGUUUGGCUGUCACAGAGCAGGAGGCAUCUGUAACAUCGCUGACCAGAAAGAGGUACAUCCUGAGGUUCCCAGUGCUGGAGACACUGAUGCUAGAUGACAACAAACUCUCCAACCCCAAUUGUUUUGCUAGCCUGGCCGGGCUCAGGAGACUGAAGAAGUUAAGCCUGGACCAAAACAGGAUUUCCCGGAUCCCGUACCUACAGCAGAUUCAGCUCCGAGAUGGGUCUGGAGACUGGGUUGGAGGCAGGGCAAGUCCCCGGAAAGAGCCCCAGUCCAUGCUGCAGCCCAAGUCAUGGAUAUUUGAGGCCUCCGAUGACCAACCGGAUUAUACUAUACUGCCAAUGAAAAAGGAUGUUGACCGGACAGAGGUCGUGUUCUCAUCUUAUCCUGGAUUUUCAACCUCAGAGACAAGCAAGGUAUGUGCACUUCCUCCCAUAUUCAAGAUUCUUCCUGUGAAGUCACUGAAGGCAAGGAACCAGACGCUGGCCCCGCCCUUCCCAGAGCUGAGGUACCUUAGCCUGGCCUACAACAAGAUCGCGAAGGAAGAUGCCAUCCUGCCAGUAGCUCUCUUCCCAUCUCUCUGCGAGCUCAUCUUCCAUAACAACCCUCUGGUGGCCCAUACACGAGGGGUCCCUCCACUGCUAAAAAGCUUCCUCCAGGACCUUUUACUCAAUCAGUUAUAUCGACCAAGGCUGCUGGCCCUCGCUCAUACCAGGCAUGGACAGAACAGGGGGAAGUUGGAGAGCCUGCCAGAGCAGGUGAAAACCCAAGUCCCAAAGGUGCCAAAGAAGCCUCUGAUUGUCCAUCACCCACCCGUGAUCACAAUCAAAUCUUCCUCAAAGGAGAUGCUACAGUCAGAGGCCGCACUGACUGAGGAGCUGCCCACCACCAAAACCAUUUCUGUGGAGCGAGAGAUGCCCAUGGAGGGCUUGGAGGGCCUUUCCCUGUCCCACCGGACCUUUGUGCCACUGCCUCCCAUCCGCUCUGACUCCACUGUGUAUAGUGAAGGGACAUCCCACCUCAGCGACCCUGCUGGCCACCACAGCCCAGACGAUGAGGACACCAAGAGCACUGAGUCCAUCUUCUUGACCCAGGUGAGUGGGCUGUCUUCCUCCAUCUUCCAGAAGGAUGAUUCAGAAGUAAAGGAGAAAGGCCAAAGACCACCCACAGUACCCAGAGUUGUGAAGAGGACUCAGAAGAAGCUCCCAUCUGCCUCCCUCCCCAGCAAGUACCAUGGCUAUGAGGAGCUGCUGACAGCCAAACCUGAUCCGGCCUUCACUGAGCCAAAAGGAAUCCAGAAGAAUGCACAGGCCCUGCAGCACAUGCUGAAACACCCGCUUCUGCACCGCUCCUGCAAGCCCAGGCUGGACAGUCUUCAGAAACACUAUGUUCCCAAGGAGAAACGGACCCAGAGGAUCCCUAUUCCACCCCCACGGAAGACUCGAGCUCAGCUGCUAGAUGAUGUCCUCAUUCGCAUGCGGGACCCUCGGAACAUUACAGAGGCACCACUAGGAGCUGUCCUGCGCCAGCGGAAGGAGCAGCGGCUGGUGAACCAGAAGCAGUACCUGGAGGCCAAGAAGCUGCUGAAGGAGUUUCGUGCACGCUACCGACAGCUGGUGCGCUGCUCGCUGCGGACAGUGUUCAGAGCCACAGAGCCGCCCCAGGUCCACCCUGCACUGAGUGAGGGCCACCCUAAGUUUGGCCGCUUCCUCGAGUUCAUGGAUGAGUUCUGCCAGGAGCCUAUGGCCAGUGACUCGAAAGGCUAGGGCUGCACACACAGCCAUGUACGCCACCCAACCUGUGCCCCACACCCUCCACGGGGAUUCCAUGCCCUUGACUGCUCCUUGGGACAAGCGCGAGCCUCGGAGCUCUACUGGGCCUCGCUCACUGGUGGCAGAGAAUGGGGAGAUCGUCAGGACCUCCCUUCCUCGGGCCAGGCAGAAACCUGGCCCAACAGCAAUAAAGAGUGAGUGCAUACAGCAAGGGAGCCCUCGUUCCUUUUUGGAGCCUGGGCCAAGUUGUUGCACUGGGGAAAGAAACCCCAGCUGAUGCACAUCCCUGAAGUCCUGUGGGACACCUGUCUGAGGCACACGUGUCUAGCAGAGCUGGGGUCUUCUGAUCCAGGACAUAAGCUGAAGUCCUGUAUGCAAAUACAGUGGACUGUGGCUCUAAAACAGACCCUGGGACUCUGCAAGGUCAACCUGGACUGAGGUAAGUAAACUAGUUCUGGCCAAGGCAGCGUAUGGGGUUGUCCCAUUCUUAUGAGUGCCCAGUAGUCAGCACCUGCUGCAGAGGGGGAUCAGAAGUCCACUGGGCUGAAUUCUGGAGAGGUGUGCAUUUCGGGGUGGAUGCUGGGUCUGACCUAGUCACCUGGGCAAUGCUUGCUCCUAAGACUACUCUCCUGGAGGUGCCUACAAUUCAGAUCUGGGGAGCAGGCCUGCAGCUCUCAGGGUCCAGGAAGCAGUGGCACAACGAUUAACAGUCCUCACCAUGGCACAGACUCCCACAGCCUAAGUUGCAAUUAAGGUGAUUAUAGAAAUACAGUCUUGUAGCCACAGGUGCAGCAUGGUGUAGUAUCUGCUGCAUUUUGAGUGUGAGACUACUAGGACAGAAGUAUUUGCAUACCAUCAUACUUAACCAGUCUCACACAUGUGGCCAGUGACAUCGUUACAGCCAGCUGUGGUCAUACCAGACACAUUCAAGUUCAGACAGUCACAUACACAAUUAAUUACAUACAGUCACCUGCACAUACCAAGUUACAAAGUCAGUUACAUCUCAUUCGCUCAGGCAUCUGGACAGAUCCAUGUGCAGGGGCAUGUCGCUGACUCACCACCUUGGAUCUCCUGGGCCCCAAACCACCCUUCCCCUGAUGUUAGGAAGGAGAAUCCACACCAUCAUUCACACUGUAAACUGCACUAGAUUCAAGUUCUAGAGAACUGGAAUGCUCCCUUUAGCCAGAAACACUGUCAAAAGCUCGAGGCCUGAAAGGCUCCUGGGAACAUCCUGUCCCAACAAGUCAGGAAGCCUCUUGCAGUCUCACCAACAGGUCAUUCAGCCCCCACUUGCACAUCUAGUGACAGGGAGCUCAUUCCCUCUAAAGGCUGUCCCUUCUUUUAUUGGGAAAGCUGUUGGAUGGCUCUAGCCAUUGGGCUAAGUGUCUGCCUCAGUCUCUCAGUAGUCCUAACUGCUUUUUGGCCAAGAGUGUACCUGUUCUCCCUGCCCAGCCAGGCCAGCCCUUUACUGACGUGAGAGUAUCCUGAAGAGGCUACACCUAUCUAGGCCAGAUGCUCUUAACUUUCAGUUAUUCCAUGUAGGAUACCACCUGAAUAAACUGAUUGCCUCUCCUAGACUUGCUAAGUUUUGGGGUUCCCCCUACUCAUGAUACCCAGAUGCAGUGCUCUAGCUGUGCCCAGUGCAGCACACAGCAGGACUGCCCACUCCCUUCUCUGGCUAGGACAUUCUUUUAUAUAGCCUGCCAUAUUAUUUGCCUUUUGCUCACUCUUAAAACAAUGAUAUUUUCUCUUUGGCUUUAUUGAGCCUUUAUCAGCAGACUAAUAUCAGAACUGUGUUCCCUUUUUU